UGCCAGUGCCAGUGUAAACUGGGAUGGAGGAAGACCGACCGUCGACCGUCGGAGUUGCAGGCUGCCCGCUUUCUGCGCGGCCCGAGGCCCCGUUUUCCGGCACGCGAAGCCGCGGGUUCAGAUUCCCCGGCCUCUCGGAAUCGCGCCUGUCACCCCGCGAGGCGCAGUCCCUCGUGGGCUGCGGUCGAGGCCGGCCCGGGCCCCGCCCCUCGGGGCGGCUCUGCGCAUGCUCGGCAGUGCGGGCGGCAGAGCGGGCGGCUGCGACCUGGAGACCCCCGAGGGAUGGAAGCGCCGGCGCCGGCGGAGGCGGCAGGAUGCGAGGAGCUCGAUAUGGACGUGAUGAGGCCCUUGAUAAACGAGCAGAAUUUCGAUGGGACGUCAGACGAGGAGCAGGAGCAGACGCUCCUGCCUGUGCAGAAGCACUACCAGCUGGAUGGGCAGCAUGGGAUUUCAUUCAUGCAGACUCUGAUGCAUCUGCUUAAGGGGAACAUCGGGACCGGCCUUUUGGGGCUCCCCUUGGCAAUCAAGAAUGCCGGCAUUGUGCUUGGCCCAAUCAGCCUUGUGUUUAUAGGAAUUAUUUCCGUCCACUGUAUGCACAUAUUGGUACGUUGCAGUCACUUUCUAUGUCAGAGGUUUAAGAAGUCAACGUUGGGGUACAGUGACACUGUGAGUUUUGCCAUGGAGGCCAGCCCGUGGAGUUUCCUUCAGAGGCAGGCAGCGUGGGGCCGGAACGUGGUUGACUUUUUUCUGGUGAUAACACAGCUGGGAUUCUGCAGCGUCUAUAUCGUCUUCUUAGCUGAAAAUGUGAAACAGGUUCAUGAAGGACUCCUGGAGAGCACAGCGUUGGUUUCCAACAGCACAGAUCCGUCUCAGGCGUGUGAGAGAAGAAGUGUGGACCUCAGGGUCUAUAUGCUCUGCUUUCUCCCGUUUAUAAUUCUCUUGGUCUUCAUUCGUGAGCUGAAGAAUCUCUUCAUACUUUCGUUCCUUGCCAACAUGUCCAUGGCUGCCAGUCUUGUGAUAAUUUACCAGUAUGUUGUCAGAAACAUGCCAGAUCCCCACAACCUUCCAAUUGUGGCCGGUUGGAAGAAAUACCCACUGUUUUUUGGUACUGCUGUGUUUGCUUUUGAAGGCAUAGGAGUGGUGCUUCCACUGGAAAACCAGAUGAAGGAGUCUAAACGCUUUCCUCAGGCGCUGAACAUCGGCAUGGCGAUUGUCACAGUCCUGUACGUCAGCCUGGCCACUCUAGGCUACAUGUGCUUCCGUGAUGAAAUCAAAGGCAGCAUUACACUGAAUCUUCCCCAGGACAUGUGGUUGUAUCAGUCAGUGAAAAUUCUGUAUUCCUUUGGCAUUUUCGUGACCUAUUCAAUUCAGUUCUAUGUUCCAGCAGAGAUCAUUAUCCCUGGAGUCACUGCCAGACUUCAUGCCAAAUGGAAGCGCAUCUGUGAAUUUGGGAUACGGUCCUUCUUGGUUAGUAUCACUUGUGCUGGGGCGGUUCUCAUUCCUCGCCUAGACAUCGUGAUCUCCUUUGUUGGGGCUGUAAGCAGCAGUACGCUGGCCCUGAUCCUGCCCCCCAUCGUGGAAAUCCUUACAUUUUCUAAGGAACACUACAACAUAUGGAUGAUCCUGAAAAACAUUUCCAUAGCAUUCACUGGAGUCGUUGGCUUCUUGUUGGGCACAUAUGUCACUGUUGAAGAAAUUAUUUAUCCAACUACAGUAGCUGGUACCCCACAGAGUCUCUCUCUGAAUGUGAACUCUACAUGCUUAGCACCUGGUUUGAAAUAGUGGAAGAUCUGUGAGCCUUCUGUUAUCAUCCCAAUUCUAACAGCAGUUAAGAACCAGUACAGUGUAUUACUGUACACCUAAACAUAGUGCCAAACUCUUGUUUUUGUUGGCACAGUAUUGUAAUUGGAUUGUGAACUGGUCAUCUUUUGCAGCUGUGGUAAACUAUGGCAGAUUCUUGCUUUUAUCUAAUGACAAUGAAAAAUUUUAAAUUAGCUUUGAGAAUUGAAAAAACUAAAAUCAAAACUUAAACAAUAAGCAUACCCUGUUAGUCUUUGUUUCUGUAAGAAACACUUUGAAUAAGAAUUAUCUUUCUUACCACUAUUGAGAAGAUAAAGCAAUUCAGCAUUGUGGAAAUUAAAUAGGGUCAUAGUUAAGAAAAUCUUUCUGGAACAUCCCACAGUAGCAAGUAAGCCUCCUGUUUGAAAAUGCAUUGAUUGCAUUUUUAUUCCAUGGGUAAUGCUUCUGAUAGCCCCUGGGGAGGAUAGACAAUUCCCAUUGACCAUUAUGUAAACAUUAGGAAGUUUCCAGAGCCAGAGUCUUCACAGGUAGGUUCUACAGACAGUCGGGCUGCAUAGUCACUGGGAAGCACUGAACAGGGUUCUCACCUCCUGUUUCCAUCAUAGGUGAAAAGGCCAUUGAAGUUUCUGGAAUACUGCUCCCUUGGUUACUGUCUUAGUUAAGUUCCUAUUGCUGUGAUACAGCACCAUGACCAAAAUCAAUUUAUGGAGCAAAGAGGUUAUUUCAGUUUACAGUUCCACAUCAUGGUCCAUCAUCAAAGGAAGUCAGGGCAGGAACAUGGAGCAGGAGCUGAUGCAGAAGCGAGGGAGGACGCUGCUUACUGGCUUGCUCCUCAUGACUUGUUCACCCUACUUUGUUAUAGCACCCAGGACCACCAGCCCAGAGGUGGCCCCACCUACAAAGGACUGAAUCAUCAAUCUGGGAAAUACUCCUACAGACUUGCCUACAGGUUAGUCUUACAGAGACAUUUUCUCAAUUGAGUGUCUCACUUCUAGAGUGUGUCAAGCUGACAUAAACUGGACAGGACAGUUUCCAGUGUAGGAAGUAGAGUCCCAAAAUGUCAGGUGACUUCAUCAAGAGCACUUACUGAGUCAAGAAAGCCUGAUAGUUGACUCCAUGCAGAGUUUUUUUUUAAAUUAUUUUUCAUGUUAUAGUCAAGGAGAAUGAAAAGCCACAUCCAGCUUUAUUUCAAUGUAGAGUUUAAUUAUAUUUUCAUCUUUUGAGAGUGUGUGCCUGCUCUUUGAAUAUAGGUGACAUAAAAUUUCAAGAAUCCUGCCUGGUGGCUUUAUAGACCUCACACUGGAAGAGAAGCUAACAUUUCCUUAAACAGCAGGGAACUGGCUAGCUGUGGGGUGUGCUGGUCACAGGAGGUGGGGUCUCCUUAAACAGCAGGGGACAGAUGGCUAACUGUGCAGUAUUCUGGUCACUUGCCUCCUGGGCCUUCAGGCAUCAGAGAUAGAUGACAAAAUACAAUUUUGGAUCUUCCUAGCCUCAUAGCAUUCUUACUGCAAUAGUAAAGGAACCCUAAAAUGCAUGCUUAGGAAAACUUGAAACAAUCAAAAACUGCCUGGUAAAUACUGAGACACUUCAGGCAUCAUCCUGAGAAGUGCGUCCUUUGUUCCAUCUCCAAACACACUAGCUAGGCAAACAAGCUCAUUUGAUGAUAAAGAUGAGAAUUAUGGGGUUUAAAGGAAUGUGUACCGGGUCAUCUCCUGACUUCUCAGCCCAUGGCUCUCCAGUGUAUUGGUCUGUAAGAUGUCACCAAGCCAUCUGUGGAAUUCUCUAUUUUUCUAUGUAAAUGUUAACUUAUUUGCUUAUGUCAUUACUUUGUCUUCAUGUGAGCCUAUAUAUAUCAGAAGCUCAGAAGCUUUAUUUUGGUAUGAAUUCAUAAGAACCAAAAAUUUAAAAACAUUUAUGUUAGAUAUUUCUAAUGAUUGUUUAUGAUAUUUAAUGUUAAAUUGUUACUUCAAGUCUUUAGUCUUGUGCAGAGAAAGUGGACGAGGUUGUGAGGAAAGGAAUUUCAUAGGAAUGUGACUGAGAAAUCAGUAUUUAAAACGUGCAGUGGCAUACAGCAAGUUAAAAUUCACUGACUAGGAGCUACAUGAGGCUCUUGCUCCUGUCUUCACAUUAUGUUCUACUCUGCAUGCUCAAUUGUAUUUUUGUAUCUUCACCUGUUACUUGUGGAGUUCACCAAGUGCAGUGGGUUUUUAAAUACUGGGUCACGGCAGUACUAUUUUUUGUUUUUUUUGUUUGUUUGUUUUUCAAGACAGGGUUUCUCUGUGUAGCUUUGCGCCUUUCCUGGAACUCACUUGGUAGCCCAGGCUGGCCUCGAACUCACAGAGAUCCGCCUGCCUCUGCCUCCCGAGUGCUGCAGUACUUUUUAAGUUCUGCACAAACACUGUGAGCAUCUUAUCAGCCAGGAUUUCCCACACAGUAAGAGUGCUGAAUCAACACCCCAUGUGGGAGUCCCCAAAUGAUCAACACAGGAGCAGUCACCAGACAGAAAGGAACGUAGACUAAGAGGAGAGGAAAUAGUGUGAAACACGGGUUAGAUGCAAAGUGUAAAAGGCAUGCACUCUUGUUUAAGGGCACUGAGAUGUAUUUAUCAUUUGCUCAUUUUCUAUAAUAGUUAGUUUUACAGAAUUAUAUUUUCUAAAGAUUUUUGGAGAUGAUAUUUUGAUUUUAGCAGCUAUUCCCUUUGUCUGGGGGCCUGGAGGAAGGAGAAGCGGCCACACAUGUUGAAUUCAUGUUUGCUCUCUUGAUCCAUCACAUGGUGGCUGAAAUGACCUCCGCAGUUUACUCCUCAGCACAGUGGGAACUUCCCCUGAAAGCUGGCUGUGUGGGUGCCAUUUCUGCUGUGGAGAGCUGAGAGGAAAGCCGUUGUUCACCUCCCAUGGGCUAGACUCAGCCAUUUGCCAUUUGUCUCUGUUCCCUGACACUCCAAAGAGUAUUCGUCGGUGGCUGGGUCCUCUUGUCAAAACACUGUUCCCGAAUGGCCCAGUUUCUUCACAUUAAGAAGUGGGAGCUAGAAGUUUUCAGGUAGAGAAUGCUGCUUGAAGAGAACACACCGGGGCUUGCCACGCCCCACUACUGCCCUGCUCUGUUCUCCCUCACUUGUCACCAAAGCCAGUUCUGAGUCUCCUGAGAUGGUGUUCGUGAAGUGGUUAUGAGCCAUUUACGGCAGUGCGCUUGUGAUUUCCUAUAGGCUUUGAUCGUGGAUGUAUUUGUAGUCCUAGAAAAUGUCAGCGUAAGUGCACGUGGGUGCCAUUUCUAUGGAAGUCGCACUCAGCCCUCCCGGUUCACUUGAGUCCCCCCCAGAUGCCAGGGUGCUUGUUAUUGGCAGCACACAGUAGGUCUUGUGUGCAACUCCUUUUCCUUCAGUCAAGAUGGAAAAGAUACAGAAUAAGCCAAUGGAGAUAAUACAGUUGCUUAUGUCAGCAGACAUUAACUGUUGAGCAAGAAAAUAAUUGGUUAAAAUAUAAAGCAGUAAUGUAAAAUUAUAAAAUAUUGGAAAUGGGUUUAUUUUAUCAGCUUGGUCCAGUUAUCUCCCCUUGAUUAAGAAAGUGGGAAAUUUGUCUACUGAGGAUAACAGGAUGCUUCCUAUCAUUAAAUGGCUACAUGUUACUUGAUCACACAGGACUUCCUGGAUCUGGUUAGGAUAUAAAAAGAAAUAUGGCUAGGUCUGGAAUUUAUUGCCUAAACAGUGAAAUGACAAAUCACCCAAUUGUUCAGAUUUCCUGUUAGAAUUGGCUACUUUUUAUGUGCAUCCAUGCAUGUUACCCCAAAGGGACUCACCUCUGAAUCCAUUCAACUACUCUACCACAGAUUGGACCACAGUGAUGAUCACAUAGGAAAAUGUAUAUUCAUGACAUGAAAAGUCAAGCUAUAGAUUUUUGUUUUUCAAAAAUGAUUUUAUUAGCUUUAUUAAAAGUCAAGUUUCAUUGGACUUGUGUCAUUUCUUAUAAUUUAUUUUUCUUUGUAAAAAAUUUGAAAAAUGUCUGCAAGUACUGUAACUUCUCAAUUGUCAAUAAAGUAUUAUUUUGCUUGCUAUUAAA